GGGGAGCAGACAGGCGCACUCAGCACAAUGGUGAGACACACACGACUGUUGAGACAAAGGUGAAUUACUUGCGUUACUGUGACCGGUUUAUUAUAGGUAGCAGUGUUUGACACUCAGAGGGGAUGUCUGGAGUUUGAAGAUGAAAUACGGCUUUGUGAGGAGUUUCACAUGACUCCAAACAACAGAUCCCAACAGCAACCUCUGCGCAGAAUGACAGCAUGUCUCUUAGGUAAAAGUUUAGGAAGGUGGAGGAGGGGAUGGUGUGCCACAGCGAUGAAGACCCUGUCGUCUAAUCACGCACUGAAGCCCCUGGUUCCCACCCUCUGCCUCAUGGUGGUGGUGAUAUACGGCCUGGCGGACAAACUCCGCAACUUUGUGGCCGGCAUCUUCAUCCCUCAGUACCACUACCCCUAUGCGAUAGCUCCCUGCUUCGCCCAGGUUCUGGUCUCUCUCUUAGUCCUAAACCUCCUCCAUGUCCUGGAUCUGGUGCCUCUGAAGCACUACUCCAGGUCCCUGGGUGAAAGAGUGCUGGUGCCUUCUAUCUGUAACAGCGUCCAUGCUGUGCUGGCCAUGUGGGCCAAGGCUAGCAGCUCGUACGCCGGGCUCUUUCCCCUCAUGCUGCCUCUGCUGCCCAUCGUAACUGUGGGCUUCAGUUUCUCUCAGAAGCUGGUGUCUCUUCCAUCUAUCCACAUCUGUAUCCUGAUUUCCAUCCUGGGUGGGACAUCUUUUGUCAUCACAGCCUCCCAGGGUCUGUCAGGUGUUGAGCCUCUGGAGUACAUGUACGCACCUCUGGCUUUAAUCCUUCACAGUCUCUCUCUGACUUGGCUGGCUAAAGUGUCCGAGGCCGAGCGUCGCCACUCCCCUGAUGCCCAGGCCUCUGUUUUUGACAUCUACUACACCCAGCUGGUCAACCAGAGCUGGGUGCUGGGCCUCCUGUGGCUGCUGCACCCGGACAGUCCCUGGCAGGUGUUGAGUCACGGCAGCUGGCAAACCCUGCUCUUCCAUGGGUACCUGCUGGCUAUUCUCCUGCUGGGGAUGGUGCUCAACUUCCUGGUCGGUAUGUCGGCUCUGUGUGUCUCGCCGCUUGCUGCUGCUCUGAUGCACUCGGCAAGGCAGAUGAUGCAGCCGUUCCUCCAGCUUUUGUAGUUUCACUUGACAGGACUGAGACAAAUGAUUGACUGUUUUGUACUGUAUCAAUGCAACACACACAGAUUGCAAUUUAAUCCACAUCAGUGUCAUUUUAUGUGAAGAAACACAAGUUACAUCGCCUUCUUUCUUCCGUUAAACAUGAGAUAAAAUACAGAACAUCAGCACAGAAGCUACAGGCAUUACACCGUUACCAUGACAGCAUCAUGAAACCAGUUGACAAGCUUUUGAUUUACAGUGGGUCCAAAAGAAUAAACGAAGACCAGUGUUUAUCUCUUCUGUAAUUAACCAUGACUCAGUUGACACAUCAUUUAGCAAAUACAUAAAUGAAGACUUUUAGAUUGUUCUUAUUUUAGCUGCAUUAUAUAUUUAUUUCAAAUACUAACUGUAAAUGCCCUUAAAGGAACAGUGUGUCAGAUUUAGGAGGGAUUAAGUGGCCUCUAGUGGUGAGG